AGCAAUUUAUCGAGUUUGUAUUCAACAGUUUAUCCAUCUGAUUGGUUCAGCUCGUAUUAGACGAUCUUCGAUUCUUUCCAUUCUCUAUCACCUAUCCACAUAUUCUGAAAUACAUAGGACUUACCUAUGCCUUCCACUACUACAUGGAGCCACGGAGUUUCAAGAAGCUUGCCCCAGCACCGGCGAGGCCUGGUACCGAACCACACGUCUCCCUUCCUGCCCAAGGCGCUAGAAAAAAUAUAACGAGAAACGCUUGCUCUCCGUGUAAAAACAAGAAGGCGAAGUGUGAUGGAAUCCGACCCGAAUGUGGUAGAUGCCAGAAAACCGGCGAUACGUGCCUAUACGAGGUAAACAGACGGGAUAUCGCCAAACUACAACUCAUGAGCGACUCUGAUGCUGCUAGAUUGCAGAAUCUCGACAUCAUAUUCGCCGUUUUGCAAACUGGAACUGAUGAACAGGCUGCCGAACUCCUAGCCCAGAUUAGACUUGGAGAACCAUCCGAAUCACUUGCAUCUACCUUAAAUCUUUCCGGUUUUCAUCAUCCAAACCCGGUACCCUACGAGUCAUCGUCAGCUCUUCCUAAUUCUGGCCCAUCCACUACGUACGAUGACCCCGAAGACCACACCACAACAGGAAUAUCACAUGGGUUUUUGGACCUUCCCGGACGAAAUGAUUGGCCCCAUUCGGCUGACACUACCACUUCUUACAACAACCAAUUAACUGAAGGCGAAAGAGACGAUUUUGUAUCCGAUUCCACCUAUGCUGCCCAUGACAGCUGUGAACCCCCCUAUUAAUUUUAAACAGUCAACUACCGACAUCUUGGUACCGACUGAAUCUAUUCUCGAC